AUGUUCAAGAAGAAACCCCAGAUCAAGAAUCUCUCGCCCCUCCGAUCCUCGGAUCGCCGCAAACUCGCGGACCAGAUCAUCGCCGACUACAGAGUACAUGUGCCCACGCUGGAAGAGAUCGAUCCCGCAGCGGCGGCGGCAGAAGAGAACACACCCCCUACCUCCUCGACCCAGCAUGCUACUCCCGCACUCACGUCCGUUCGCACGAGUCUUGUCCCUGAAACAUGCCUCUCCGCGCGCUUCACGACUCACGCCGGACCCAAUGCGACAUUAGUCUCGGGGACAGUGUACGUGGGGGCACAUCCUGGUCAAGAGGAGAGGAUACUAUGGAUUCAAUAUGGAAAAGAUUCGAGGCUGUACCCCACGGUGUAUACACUGUGGCAUAACCCGGGGAUCGUGCCUUUACUGCACACACAAGACUUCGUCGUCGAGAAACUCCGCACAGGCGCCGACCUGAUGACGCCUGGGCUUGUGGGUGGACCGCCCUGGCCCGAGGCUGCAAAACCAGGGUCGGUUGUCGCGGUUGCGGGUUUGAAGAAGCCUACCGUGCCUCUGUGGGUGGGAACCUGCAAGAUUGACAUAUCGAGUUUGGGCAAGGUGCAGGGAGCAAAGGGUGCCGCGGUCGAGGGCGUCCACUGGGAGGGGGACGAGAUUUGGAGUUGGAGCCAGUUUGGGAGUGGAGGCCGAGCUGCUCCAGAGACGAUAGACGGCUGGGACUUUCCAUCUGGUGACAUACAAGAUGGAGUGGAAAGGCUGGAUCUAGAAGAAAGCGAUGAGGAUGAGGACGACGUGCAAGAAGAAGGCGGUGUAACCCUCGAUGCUUCGAAAAACGAGACUGGAAACGGAGAGCAUGACGCCAACGGACCAGACGAGACUCAGGAGAACGAAGCGGAAGCCGAAGAAGAAAGGGAACCGUCGACCGCCGAAGUCGAUGAAGCAUUUGUACAAGCAUUUCUCUACGCCCUCUACGACGCCAAAAAGGCCGCCGAUCCUCCCCAUCACGGGAUCGAUUUCCCUAUACAACCAUCUUUCGUGAUCUCAAACAUGGUCCAACCCCAUCUCCGCUUUCAGAACCAACAUUACGCCAUCAAGAAAACCUCUUGGAAAACCACGAAAAAGUUCAUCAAAUAUCUCGAAAAGCAGGUGCUCGUCAAGUCCAAAGACCGCAAUGGUGGGGAGACUGUGAUUCUGGAUGUCGAUUUCGACGAUCACAGAGUCGUCAACUUCCAGCCGUACAAACUACCCAAGCAAAAAGCCCAGACGUCGGCCGGUGCCGUCGACACUACGCAGCCUUUGGCCAGCGGAGCUGACACCUCCCUCGGGCAGAAACUCACCUUGCAGACUGUCUAUCGAGCCUCGAGCAAGCUUGUCCCGGACCUGAUCCCGUCCAAAACCACAUACUACACAUCCUCACAGAUCUCCUCCUUCCUGAAAAAGUACAUUGAAAACGAACCCUCCUUAACCGAAAACACCUCUUCCGCGCGCUUCGUCAAACUCGACCCGUUCAUCUCCAACAAUAUACUGAGUUCGAACCCGACCGCAAGCGACACCCGCAUUCUGGCCGCGGGAGAAAUCGCGCGCGAUACUUUACUCAAACGCAUCCUCGAAGACACCCACCUCUGCAUCCCCCACUGGCUCUUACUGAGAAACUCACAGACCUACGACCCCGAGUCUUCCGACACGGCACUAAAGCCUCGCCCGGGCCCGCCCCCCACCGUCAACAUCGUGAUCGAAAAACGCUCCGGCACAAAAGUCGUCACGAAAAUCUCCGGGCUGGAGAUGUUCGGGAUCAACCCGCACAUUCUGGGACCCGAGCUGCAGAAGAAAUGCGCGGGCUCCGCGAGCGUGGGGCAAUUGGUCGGUGGGAAACCGGGCGUCAUGGAGAUUCUGGUGCAAGGCGACCAGAGGGAUGUGGUGGAGAAGGAGAUGGCGAGGAGAGGCGUCGAUAGGAGGUGGGUUGUCGUGGAGGAUAAGACGAAGAAGAAGAAGAAAUCAUAG